AUGGCGGUAGUCCAGACUUCGGAGUUCCAAUUCUAUGCUGGUCUCGAUCCCUUCGAGCGUAGACUUCUCUACGAGCCAAUCGUUCUCGAGUAUGCAAUGAUUCAAAGUUGCAACCUGACCCGAGAAGAACCUGAGAGCCACGCUACGGUCGACUUUGACAACCUGCAGUCCGACUCCGAAGCCUUUCGCGUGCUUGUAAAUAAGCUCGCCCAGGUCUGUGACAAUGAACGAGGUGGGAAUUCAGUCACCGCCAUGACGAUUCUCGAAGGGACGAGUGGACCCGAAUUCGUGUUUGCAGCGAACAGGAAGGACGAAGAGGAGACUAGGGCUACCACGAGAUUCGUAACGAACUUACUACAGUUGGCUGGGCAGAACCCCCAAAAUCUUAGCUCCGAUGCCCUCGAGAAGAGAGUACUCUGGAUGAUAUUAGCUUUCAACAUGUCCCGAAUAACCGAAUACAAGGACGGACUCGAUAAGGCUUUAGGCCUUUGUCUGGAAGACCACGAACGGCGACAGUCCGAAGAUGAGACCUUGAAGAGUGAACUCCAAAAGCUCAGAGAGAAAUGCAACUUCUCGGUCAACAACAUACGCGAGCAGGAGGAAAUAAAGUCACUGAGAGACUGUGAAAGGCUGAUCAACCUGAUCCAUAAUGCCCAGCUGGCGAUGACAGGGAUCAAGAAGGCCGUCAGGACGAAAGCCAGGGGCAGCGAGUUCCUCAAGUCUGAGCCGUGGUGCGAGCUAAAACAUUAUCUCGGCCGUUGGCAUUCCUACCGUCAAGCUGCGAGCUUCAUUGUUUGUGCAGCAACAGCCUGGCCGCUACUAUUCCAGGACUUUACGAUCACCUCACUACCAUCUAGUACUCGCAUAUCCAAGCCCAUUGUACAGUCGGACCUGACAGCUGUCGCCAUUGUUCAACACAUGGAGGCUUUCGAGAAAGUAAAGAUGCCAGAGCUUAUGCAGGAUGCCGAGGAUCUCCGCAGGAUGGGUCUGGAUAAGGCUAUCCGAAUUCAACUCUUGAAGAGAACUUUCAGGCCAAUCGUACACGCAGAAGUUCUCAUUCAUCACUACCUCACCAAGAACGGAAUUACAAGGCCAGAUAGAUUUUGGCGGCAAUGGCAAUACAUCGGCGCCAGCAAGCCAACCUGUCGCUUAUGCCACUAUUACUUCGGCUCGCACUCACAGAGCCAGAUUCAAGUUCGGCCUUCACAUCUGAAUCUGUACCCAAAUUGGCGUUUACCGGAAAUCUCUAACGAGGGCGAUGCGGAAGCUCGAGAAGCUCACAGGAAGCUCUUGCAGAACAUCGCUGAAAAGGUGCGCAAUGACGCGAAGCGGACUUUGCAGCAGAGGACCACCAAAAGCAAGCAACAUGACUCAAAUACCUACUCUGCUACACCGAGAUACCUUGUGAAGACGUCAGGGUCAACGAAUUCUGAUGGUCCCGCCUAUUGCGAGGUUGAUGCAGUCGGUGGGGGAGUCAGCCUGUGGUCGCCUUGA